AUAGGCGUCCUCGCCCAAGACCCGGAAUUGGAAGUAUUUAACGAAAGUCGGUUGAGGCCCUGCGGCUGCUGCAGUCGCCGCGGAAAAUACUGCGUUGGAGCCGGCGGCCCAGGAAUGACUUCCUUCUCAGCCUCUCAACUCACCCUGUUUGAAGCCUUGGAUGAACCUGUGGGACUCUUCCUAUCCCUUUGGUUUGGCAUCAAGAGACUGGAAGGAUGGACAAAGAUCCUCAGGGACUGUUAGAUUCAUCUCUGAUGGCAUCUGGCACUGCCAGCCGCUCAGAAGAUGAGGAAUCAUUGGCCGGGCAGAAGCGAAGCUCUUCCCAGGCCUUGGGCACUAUUCCCAAGCGGAGAAGUUCUUCAAGGUUCAUCAAAAGGAAGAAAUUCGAUGAUGAGUUGGUGGAGAGCAGCUUGGCAAAAUCAUCCACUCGGGCCAAGGGUGCCACAGGAGUGGAACCAGGGCGUUGCUCAGGGAGCGAGCCUUCUUCCAGCGAAAAGAAGAAGGUAUCCAAGGCAUUGAGCACACCAGUACCCCCCAGCCCAGCCCCUGCCCCUGGCCUCACUAAGCGCAUGAAGAAAAGCAAGCAGCCGCUACAGGUGACCAAGGACCUGGGCCGCUGGAAGCCAGCAGACGACCUCUUGCUCAUCAAUGCUGUGCUACAGACCAAUGACCUGACAUCAGUCCACCUGGGUGUGAAGUUUAGCUGCCGUUUCACCCUUCGGGAAGUCCAGGAGCGCUGGUACGCCCUGCUGUAUGAUCCCGUCAUCUCCAAGUUGGCCUGUCAGGCAAUGAGGCAGCUACAUCCAGAGGCCAUUGCAGCCAUACAAAGUAAGGCUUUGUUCAGCAAAGCUGAGGAGCAGCUUCUGAGCAAGGUGGGAUCGGCCAGCCAGCCCUCCCUGGAGACCUUUCAAGACCUGCUGCACAGACACCCCGAUGCCUUCUACUUGUCCCGCACAGCCAAGGCCCUGCAGAGCCACUGGCAGCUCAUGAAGCAGUACUAUCUCCUGGAGGACCAGACAGUGCAGCCACUGCCAAAGGGGGACCAAGUGCUGAAUUUCUCAGAUGCUGAGGAUCUCAUUGAUGACAGCAAGCUCAAGGACAUGCGGGAUGAGGUGCUGGAGCACGAGCUCACAGUAGCCGACAGACGGCAGAAGCGGGAGAUUCGGCAGCUGGAGCAGGAGCUUCACAAGUGGCAGGUGUUGGUGGACAGCAUCACAGGAAUGAGUUCUCCAGACUUUGAUAACCAGACCCUGGCUGUGCUGCGUGGGCGCAUGGUACGAUACCUGAUGCGUUCCAGGGAGAUCACCCUGGGCAGAGCUACCAAGGACAACCAGAUUGAUGUGGAUCUAUCCUUGGAGGGUCCAGCCUGGAAGAUCUCCCGAAAGCAAGGUGUCAUCAAGCUGAAGAAUAACGGUGACUUUUUCAUUGCCAAUGAGGGUAGACGGCCAAUCUACAUAGAUGGUCGGCCUGUCCUCUGUGGCUCCAAGUGGCGGCUCAGCAACAACUCUGUGGUAGAGAUCGCCAGCCUGCGCUUUGUCUUCCUCAUCAACCAGGACCUCAUUACCCUCAUCCGGGCUGAGGCUGCCAAGAUAACUCCACAGUGAGAGAGGAUGCGAGCCAGCCAACUCCUCUCUGGCCUCACGGCCUUUUUUUUUUCCGCAACAGCCAUGCUAGUCUGGGAAAGCAAGCUCUUCAGAGAUUUCUUCUAUCCCCUGGAAUCUGUGGUUGGAGGCUAUUUCCUAAAGCCCCAAAUGUGGUUGAUUGAGCCCGGAGGGAGGAAAGAGUCCAUUUGGGAAGAAAUCCUGACUCCCACAGUAGAAGGUACAAAAGGGAGACUGUCCUUAUUUGGGCCAGGACCCAGGAUCCCGUUCUGUCAGCAAUGUCGGUUCCGCAUUCUACCCAAGAGGGUGCCUCUCCCUGACAAACCUUUCCCCUUUUGUAAAUAAAGCACCAAGCUCCAAAUGA